AUGCACCCCGGGGCCCCCACAGCCGCUGGAGUCUCCGAGCCCAGCCCCCGGGAGCUGUGUGCCUUUGUGAGCGGGGCAGCCGUCCACAUGCUGCGCACCUUGCACCCCCGGCGGACCCGGCCCCCCAAGAGGAGACCCAACCACAGGAGGUUCCUGCACAACCAGAUCUGCAGGCAGUUUGCCAGGAUCGAGGCUGCCACCCAGCGCCUGGCCCUGUCCAUCCUUUCCCAGGAGGUGCCUCCGCGGAGACCAUCGCCUCAAAGACCACCCCCACCACCUCCAUCCCCCUUCCUGGGGGUGGCCCGGGCUGUGGCCCCCACUGAGGCACCCCAUGCAGGCCCCAGCUUGAGCCUCGCUGCACUGGAGGCCUCCACCCUGGACCUCUUUGAUAGCAUCGCACUGACCCCAGAGCAUCCCUCAGUGCCCUAUGACCUGCCCCAUCACGCAGUGGGCCAGCCAGACCUCAGGCAGGCCCUUCAUUCCCAUGAUCCCAUGCCCCUGCCCCAGCAUGCCCUGGGAGGAGGAAAUGAGCUCUUGGCUCCUGAGGGGGCCUGGGUGGGCAGGUGGGAGAUACCUUGUGCUCACCAUUUUCAGGGGGUCCCUGAGGGAUGGGGGACCUGCUUCCCAUGA